GCCGAAGCUUGACGUUUUAAACCGAGCCAUUGGCGCGCCGCUGCCUCAGAGUCGCUGGGGGGACAAGCAGGAGCCGCGGCGGCGCUCACGACCACUCUCUCUCCCCUGAGCCGGCUGUACAAUCCUCGGCAGUGUCCUGAGACUGUAUAGUCAGCUCAGGGGUGACUCGGUCGAGAUCGCAGCCCGGGCACUUGGCUGGGGAGGACGCAGAGGGACCUCGCAAGCGGUGGACCUUGUUGGCGGAGAGGCAACCUGUCUAACCAUAGGAAGUGCAGGAGAGAGAGCGAGCGCAGGAGCCCAGCCCAGCCUGCACCUAUCAAAGGUUUCCAGGGACCUUCCCGCCCUCCAGAGCCAGGCCCCCUUGCCUGGGCUUCCUUUGCCCGCACGAGCCCUUUUGCUGCCUAGCCUGGGACCUGACUUAAGCAGCCGCCGGGAGAACAGCAGCAGAGCAGCAGCUUCCAGGAUGACAGCUGAAAAGGAAAAGAAGAGGAGCAGUUCUGAAAGGAGGAAGGAGAAAUCAAGGGAUGCUGCAAGGUGCAGAAGAAGCAAAGAGACUGAAGUAUUCUAUGAACUGGCCCAUGAACUGCCUUUGCCUCACAAUAUUAGUUCACAUCUGGACAAGGCCUCUAUAAUGCGUCUUGCAAUCAGUUUCUUGCGGACACACAAGCUGUUGUCUUCAGUCUGCACUGACACCGAGAAUGAAAUUGAGACAGAUCAGCAAAUGGACAACUUGUAUCUGAAAGCUUUGGAGGGAUUUAUUACUGUGAUCACGCAGGAUGGAGACAUGAUCUUUUUGUCAGAGAACAUAAACAAAUACAUGGGUCUGACACAGGUGGAAUUGACUGGGCACAGCAUUUUUGAUUUCACCCAUCCAUGUGAUCAUGAAGAAAUUCGAGAAAACCUGAGUCUGAAAAACGGCCCAGGCUUUGGGAAAAAAAAUAAAGAGAUGUCUAUGGAACGUGAUUUCUUUAUGAGAAUGAAAUGCACAGUUACCAACAGGGGUAGAACAGUCAAUCUGAAAUCUGCCACAUGGAAGGUUUUGCACUGCACUGGGCAAAUGAAGGUCUAUAACACAUGCCCUCCACAUGCCCUGUGUGGCUAUAAGGAGCCUCUCUUAUCCUGCCUCAUAUUAAUGUGUGAGCCUAUUCAACACCCUUCCAACACCGAUAUUCCACUGGAUAGCAAGACGUUCCUGAGCCGUCAUAGCAUGGACAUGAAAUUCACCUACUGUGAUGACAGAAUAACUGAAUUGGUUGGAUACCAUCCUGAGGAGCUGCUGGGCCGUUCUGCAUAUGAAUUCUAUCAUGCAUUGGAUUCUGAGAAUAUGACCAAAAGUCAUCAGAAUUUGUGUGCCAAAGGCCAAGUGAUCACUGGACAGUAUCGCAUGCUUGCCAAACAUGGUGGUUAUGUCUGGCUGGAGACCCAAGGAACAGUUAUCUACAACACACGCAACUUGCAGCCUCAGUGCAUCAUCUGUGUCAACUAUGUUCUGAGUGAAAUUGAGAACAACGAUAUUGUGUUCUCCAUGGAUCAGACAGAAUCACUGUUUAAGCCUCGCAUGAUGGCAGUGAAUCCAAGCAUGUUUGACAGUGGUGACCCAGUAAUGGAUAAGAGUGAUUUCUUGUUCACCAAGCUGAAAGAAGAACCAGAGGAACUGGCCCAGUUGGCACCAACACCAGGCGAUGCUAUCAUAUCCCUUGACUUUGGGACACAAAAGUUUGAGGAUAUCUCUACCUACAACAAAACUGUGAUGACCCCAAACAAGCCAUGGCCUCCAGAAGCCAAGAGCCAACCUCCACAGGCUGAAAACCUGAGCGUGCCAUCAUUUACACUGCCCCAGGCGGCCCCCGGCAGCAGCACUCCCAGUGCAAGCAGCAACAGCAGUUGUUCCACCCCCAGUAGCCCUGGAGACUAUUACACUUCAUUGGAUGAAGACCUGAAGAUUGAGAUGAUUGAGAAACUUUUUGCCAUGGACACAGAUGCCAAAAAUCAAUGCAAUUCACAGACUGACUUCAAUGAGCUGGACCUUGAAACCUUAGCUCCUUACAUUCCCAUGGAUGGAGAAGAUUUCCAGCUCAGUCCUAUCUGCCAAGAAGAACGUCCUCUUGCAGAAAGCACCCAGCUCACACAGCAGAGUCUAAGUAACAUGAGCAGCCUCUUUCAGCCCCUUGCUCCUCCCUCACAAAACCAGUUCCUUCCAGAAAAAUACUGCCAGCAGAUGUCUAGCAAAAACAUGAACACUGGCCAGGAAACGGGACCAUCAGGGUUUUUCCACCAUGGGAGCCAGUCAUCAUCAUUGCUGUCCUACUAUGCACAAGCCAGCACUCCACUGUCUUCAAUGGGUGGAAGACCAAAUACUCAGUGGCCACCUGACCCUCCAUUACAGCACAUCCCUACAAAAUGGAGGGUAGUGGGCAACAAGUGCAAUGGGCCCCUCACCAGCUCUUCAUCAGGACCACCACUACAUUUGCCUAACAUGGACUCAUAUAAGAAAAGAUCACUGGAGAGCUUUGGACAACGGGACAUAGAUAUAAACACUUCGCGGAUGGCUCUUGCCAACAGCUUGAAGCUGAAGCGACAGCUGGACUACGAGGAGCAAACAUUUCAGCAUCCCAUUGCGACACAGGGAGACACCUCUGGCAUCAACCCAACUCACCUAAUGUGGAAAAGGAUGAAAAUUCUCAAAGGUGAAAACUGUGCAUUACUCACAGAGAGGAAGUCACUCAGCACAAGUGUCCUUAAUGAUGAGUUUCUUUGUAAUCCACAAAGAGGUUCGGGCCAGCUAUUAAACAUGGCACAACGGCAGCCGCAGCUGCCCCCCUCCUCUGGGAACCCUGCUGAUCAUCCUAAAGCUGCAUUCUCCCCCCACUUCUACAGUUCCCCUUAUCAGGACUUCCGAGUGCCACAAGCUCAUAGGAUGUCAGGAGUAACGAGUUGCCUACUUGGCCCAUCGUUUGAACCUUAUUUGUUGCCAGAAUUGACCAGGUAUGACUGUGAGGUUAACGUCCCAGUGCUGGGCAGCUCAACACUUCUGCAGGGGAGUGAAUUGCUGCGAGCUCUUGACCAGGCAACCUGAGCCUACUCUGCAGGCUUCCCAGGCCUGUAACUGCUCCAAACAGCUUCAGUUUUUAAAUCUAUUUUUGCAAGUAGAUAAUUUCUAAUAUUGAUUACACUGUUACAAGAUUUUACUUACCUAUUGAACUUGUCAUAUUACCAAAUAGUGGCCUUUUUGUGAAGUUACUCACUUUUUGUGUUUGUAUUAAAAGAAAUAUGCAUCUACUGUAUUUUUCCUUCUAUUUCGAUAAAAUGUUCUUUAGAAAGUUUAUAUUAUAUAAUUCCCCUUCACCGUAUGUAAUUUAUAUGUUCUAAAACUUCCUCGAUAUUCAUUCUAAUUAUAAAAAAGGAUGUGGUGUGCUAAUGCCUGUAUGUAAUACUUUGGCUUCAUUAUUGCAAAGACUUUAUUUUUAUUGCCAAAGAUAAAGGGGGGGGAAUCUUUUCCCUAGUCACAGUCAGCACUAGCUUAUUCAAAUAAAAUACUUACUGCUUGUCCUUAGAUAUUUUACAUGCUGCCUUUUCCAGCAGAAAAAAACACUGCAACUUUUGAUCUCUUAAUAGCUAAAAAAGCAAGAGAUAAAACACUCUGAAUUCCCCCACAUGUACAUAUUCAUAAUAUGCAACUUGCCAAGAGCUAACCACAGUGCUGGAGCCCUGCACAACUAGCAGGUUACAGGGGUUUUCCUAAUAAUUGCUUGACAAAUAUAAAACCUCAUUUGUAUCAGGAUGGGGGGGAGAGGGAGCUCAGCUGCACAAGCAAUCUGAGCAGUAGCUUCACUCAGCCAUAUUUCAAUAUCUGAUAAUGAGUUUUGGGAACUUAGCAUCUAAGGAUGUACCACUUGAAUCAUAAAGUGCAGCUAUUUGGGUUAGAAAUUUUCUUGGGCUGGCUAUGAUUUGAGGACUGAGGGUUAUUUUUGCCUAAGUAACUGCCAUGGGUUUUAGAAUACCAAGGUGCCUUCCCCGCCAGAAUCUACCCAGCUCCCAGAACAAACUCAUCAUGAUCUUAAUUAUUCAGGUGGGAGAUGGGUGCUGCAAUCUUAGAUUUUUCAGAACAUGGUAGUGUGAAGAAUUUCCAAACGGCAGAACUCCUGCUUCCAGUCUCUUUGAGAUCAGGAUUGAGUAAACUCUCUGAGUAAAUUGGGAGUUUGGGAAUAUGCAUCAGAGUUUGGGGGUAAAGGAGAUAACAGGAAUCUGGAUUGUUAGAGAGAUGUUUUCAAUCUCUGGUUUUUAAUCCUCCAGUUUUUUAUAUGAAACAUAAUUGAGUCUUUGAUAUUUUUCUCUGGGCUAAAUAUUUAUCAUAUAUUGGUACUUUGUUAUACCUAGAUUUGGAACCAUGAACCCUUUUUUAGGUGUUAUUUUGCUUAGAUCUGGUAGAGUUUUGUUGUUGUUCUGCUGCUGCUGAUGUUGCAGGGCUUGUCCAAAGGCUAUUGCUAACACUGCUAAUUGCUAGUUAAGGAGGGGGGGGGUAUUUGUUUGCAGCUAGUUCGCCUCCUCCUCUGCAAUAAUGGAUUUGCUGAGAAAUAUGACUUUAAAUGUAUUUGCUUGCCUAUAUAUUACCAUGUUACUUGUAGGGAAAUCAAAUAUUAUGGACUUUGGAGUGGCUGAGUGAGAGUGCUGUGUGCUGUCUGUAUAGCUUGACUUUUAAUUGUCGAUAGCCUUUCAGGUGCAGAAUAAACUUGCAGUCGGUCCUCAAAAAGCCGACCUGACACUUUGAGAGAUGCCAUAAAACAAUGUUGGUGCUCAGGAAUUUAUUUAAAUGGAAAGAUUAUAUUUCAUUCCCCUGUAAUCCCCAUUGCCUUGGUUGGAUAAGUAGGCACACACUGCACUCAAUCUAGCAAUAACAUACACUCAAGGAACCAAGGGGUUCAGAGGGGGGUUUUUUAAUGAUUUAUUACAGCCUAAAGUUUAAGCAAUAGGAUUGAGGUUAUGAGGGCCAAGGGCAAAUUUAGAGCCAUUUUUAAAAACCAAGAUUAUAUCAGACCAUGCCCAUCUGCCAAUAUAAUUGCUCGAUGUAAAUUAAUGUAGCUGUAUAAAAGAUAGUGGGCUCAUUGAAACUAGAGCAGUCUUUGUUAGCUCAUGCAGAUCAUGGCUGCAGCCAGAGAACACCUCACCUGAGUCACAAAUAACCUGGCCCUAUAAUUUACAGCUCAACAUACUCUCUGAGUGGGUUCUCACACUGGAAUUUCUCUAGAUUAUAGAACUUAGACCUUUAUAGAAUUUAGACCUUUGUAAAGCUGUGCCAAAGCUCUGUAUUGAUCUUCAGUGAAUGUAUGGAGCUCCAGCAAAGAUGGGCUUCCCCCUUCAUGGUGCAGCUUUGCUGUUAGCAAACAUGCAGUUGUCUCUGGCACUGAAAUGUGAAGUGAGAUUCCUGUAGGCUGUAGAUCUCCAUGAGUGUGCUGAAGUUCCUGCACCAUAAGGGACUUCUGGCAAUGGUUGUAUGAGUGAAUCCUUUUGUUUCAGUUCACUUUUUCAUGAAGCUAAAUUCCAUUGAAGGGCCACUUUUGACAUAAUGUGCACAAUCCAGAGCAGUGCUAAACCCCUUUCCCUUUGAAAUCUGAUGGAAAUAAAACUGUUUAAUUUAGAACAAGCUGUGUUCAAUAGAUGGACAUUCUUCCUUCAUCAAGAGGGACUUAUGAAAUUUCUUCUGUAGGCAAAUAUCUGUGAGCAAAAAUGCUUGAGAAUCCAGCCUGCUUGGGGAACCUUUCCUUCAGAGUCCAUCUAGAUGUUUUCAUUUUUAAUUUAUUUUUCCCCAUGAGCAUUCCUCUGUGGAGGCAAAACUAUACAUCAGAACUGACAUGAAGUUUGCAUUCUGGAAGCAAUUUUUCCAUCCCUGCUCCCUGUCCUGGUGCAGAAUCUUUGGAGCUCAAAGCUUGCAUCAAAAUGUGCUGCUCAUUCUGGCAUUAGAUAGUAGCAGCCCUAUGUGGGUCACAGAAAUUGCCCCAGCAAAUAGUCCUGCAAGAGACGUAAGUUGCAUGACAAGUAAACCUCUUGGGUUCAUCCCCUGUGGUCUUUGCCAGUACUCUGGAGAUCCAUGUCAACAGGGGAAAUCCCCCACGGGCUGAAGGCAGGCCCUCUCAGAAUCCCUGCUCAUGCAAGACUGAUUGGGUCCUUUGCUAGGGCUUGUGCUAACUCAGUGUCUGUCUGUGCCAGUAUUAUGCAAAGUUCAAGAUACUACUUUUAAAAUCAGGAAGCACUGCAUUGACUGAGCACUUUCAAGUGUACUAUGUUUCAGCAAUUUAUUCAGACAAUGAUGGGGUGGGAGGGAUGCAACUGGUUUUCUGUCAUUUUUCAAUAAAGGUUUAAGACCUAUGUUAAAGGCAGAAGUUAUGAAAAAAAGCACACGAUCCUUCCAGUGCUAAACACUUUUAAGCCCUGUUGUCUUAAAGCAAUGCCUCUCACAAGUAACAGACUAUGGCUGUGAUUGGCUGUUGUGUGUUGAUUAUUCCAUCAGAGGCAAAUCCACAUUUGCUUCUGAGAAAUAAGUGGAAUUGGGCCUUUAUUGUGUUUAACUUUUGAAUGCAUCAUGCCUUGAGUUAUUGUAGGAAGUCAAGUUAUAGCUAAGCUUCAGAAAGGAGCAUCAAGUAAUAUGGGCAACAUGAGGUUACCCACCUCACCUAGCUCACUCUAAAAUAUAAUCCCACUGGUUUAAUGUGGAGAAUCUGGAGUAAGCUGUUCAAAGCUUGUGGCUGUAGCUAAGGGGAUUUGACAAAGCUGUUGUGGUAAUGACUUGUGUGCUUGGAGGGUUGACACUUUAUUUACUUUUUGUUUCUGUAUACUUUAAGCAUUAAAAAUAUUUGUACCCUAACCAUUUACUAAACACAUGGGGGGAGGGGGAUUAAGAAAAAAAACCCAUGCUUAAAAUAUUAACCAUACCUAUUGUUAUAAUUAUUUUGUGCUCAUUAUAUUGUUGGAUUUCUUAUUGAUAAUAUUGUAACCAUAUGGGAACUUUUAACUUGAGAAGGAAAUGUAUUUUGACACUGAUACCUUAUUAAAGUAUACUGAUCCUA